CUCAGAAUAAUCCAAUUCCUUGUAGAGAGCAAAUUUUGCAAACCAUAAGAAUGAACAGAAACAUCCUCCUACUAAGGUAAGAACCAAAAUGAAUAAUGUUCUAUCCGCGAUGAUGGUCUCCCCAGGCUUGUUACCAUCAGGGACUUUGCUAGAUUCUCUGAUUCAUGUGUGCAAUGAAGUUGGCUCAAUGGAGAAGUUUCCCUUGGUACACACAAGAAACGUUUCAACCAUGAUAAGGAGGAUCAAACUUCUCUCUUCUUUGUUUGAAGAGAUUCAAGAAACGGAUACUCCACUCCCUCCUUCCUCGAUCCUGUGUCUCACAGAACUCUUCUCUGUGAUAAGAAGAGUCAAAGUUUUGAUCCAAGAUUGCAAGGAUGGAAGUUCUCUUUGGAGUCUCAUACAGUUAGAGUUCAUAUCCAACCAAUUUUAUGUGCUUGUUAAGGAGAUGGGAAGGGCCCUUGAUAUCCUUUCCUUGAGUUUGCUUAAUGUAACCUCAGAUAUUAAGGAACAAGUGGAGCUUCUUCACAAGCAAGCAAAGAGGGCUGAGUUACUCAUUGAUCCUAGAGAGCUUCACCGAAGAGAACAGCUUAUACAAGUAAUGGCCAACAACAGUUUACAAAACAAGAAGAAGAAGGGGCUCGUUGACUUUGGCAAAGUGGAAGAGAUAUUAAGUAGCAUUGGUUUGAGAACUCCAUCAGAUUAUGAAGAGGAAAUAUCCAAGUUAGAGGCUGAAGCUCAGAACCAAGCUGGCACAGGAGGAUUAAUUGUUGUCUCCAAUAUAAACAAUCUCAUAUCUCUGAUGUGCUAUUCCAAAUCCAUGAUAUUCAAAGAAGGAGAGAGUGAUACAAAAGAAGAUUGUAAGCCACUAUCUUCAUUUUUGUAUAACAAAGUAUAUGAUAGUUCUUCAUCCUCUCAGUCCAUGACACCUAAUGUUCCUGAUGAAUUUCGUUGUCCAAUUUCACUUGACUUAAUGAGGGACCCGGUGAUUGUGUCAUCAGGGCACUCUUAUGAUAGAAUCUCAAUUGCACAAUGGAUAAACUCUGGUCAUCACACAUGCCCCAAAAGUGGGCAAAGGCUAAUUCACACGGCUCUCAUACCAAACUAUGCAUUGAAGAGCCUUGUUCAGCAAUGGUGCCAUGACAACAAUGUUCCAGUGGAUGAGCCUACCACCGAAGGAAACAAGAACAGCAGCAAGAAGUUGAAGGAAGAUGCUGUAGACCAUAUUUCUGCAAACAAAGCCGCUGCGGAUGCUGUCAAAAUGACAGCAGAAUUUCUAGUUGGAAAAUUGGCAACUGGUUCUGCUGACAUCCAAAGGCAAGCUGCAUAUGAGCUUCGGUUACUCACAAAAACUGGCAUGGUUAACCGAAGCGUCAUAGCCGAGGUAGGGGCUAUUCCCUUUCUUGUAACACUCCUAGGAUCUCAAGAUUCAAGAAUCCAAGAGCAUGCAGUGACAGCCUUGUUCAACCUCUCCAUAUUCGACAACAACAAGAUUUUGAUCAUGGCAGCAGGAGCAGUUGACAGCAUAGUGGAAGUACUUGAAUCAGGGAAGACCAUGGAGGCAAGGGAGAAUGCAGCAGCAUCAAUAUAUAGUUUGUCUAUGGUGGAUGAGUGCAAAGUGCAAAUUGGAGGAAGGCCAAGGGCAAUACCUGCCUUAGUCGAACUCUUGAAAGAAGGAACUCCAAUAGGGAAAAGAGAUGCUGCAAGUGCACUGUUCAAUCUUGCAGUUUACAAUCCUAACAAGGUAAGUGUUGUUAAGGCUGAGGCAGUUCCUGUGCUGGUUGAGUUGCUUAUGGAUGACAAGGCUGGCAUAACAGAUGAUGCUCUUGCUGUUCUUGCUUUGCUCCUAGGUUGCUCUGAGGGGCUAGAAGAGAUAAGGAACAGUAGAGCAUUGGUGCCACUUCUUAUUGAUCUUCUGAGAUUUGGAUCAGUGAAAGGGAAGGAAAAUUCAAUAACCCUUUUGCUAGGACUGUGCAAACAAGAGGGGGAAGUGGUGGCAAGGAGGCUCUUGGCAAAUCCAAGGAGCAUUCCUUCACUGCAAAGCUUGGCUGCUGAUGGGUCUUUGAGAGCUAGGAGAAAGGCAGAUGCAGUGCUUAGGUUUCUCAAUAGGUGCUGCUCUCAGCCUCAUCAUUGUGUUUAGUAGAGUAGGGUGUGUGCAAUCACAUCACUUCACAGUUGUAUAUUUUGUGAAUGGUAUUAUACAUGAAAGACUGGUCAUCAUUUGUUUGCAAUUUUUUUGGUAUCAAAACUUUGGAGCUUUGUCCAAUGAUUUGCUGAUUAGGAAAUAAUAAUCCCUGGAUUGAGUAGUUAAUUAUCACUUGUGCAAA